CUUCUCCGGUCACUCCAAUGGAACAGUCUUCUAGCGAACAAUCUCAAUCUCAAAAUCCGGUACCUGAAGAGUGCUUGAAGCUCUUGAAAGGAGAGAGAGACGAGCAGAAGCUCGCCGGUCUUUUUUUGGUGACCAAAUUCUUCAAUAAGGACGACAAUACUUCUUUUAGCACGGUUUACGAUGCGGUCGGUCCUCGAUUCCUCGAUCGACUGUUACGAACCGGUAAUUCUGUUUUCCUAAAUCAUUAUGUUCUAUUUUCUCUGCUUUUAAGCAAAUAACCAGAGUUGAAUCCAAGUUUCUGAUUACAUAAUCGAACAAACUCUGGAUUUGGCCUAGCUGAAAUGAGUUUUAUUAUUCCUAUUUGGGAAAAAAAUGAUUUUCGACAGUCAGUGAGGUAGUCACACCUGGAUGGAUCAUACCAAUAUUCCUGCUGCAACACCAAAGGGGGUGUUUGGAUCGCCGUGGAUGGAUUGGGUUGGAUUGAAUUUGAAUCCGAAUCCAAUUCAACCCAGUACAAAGUAGUCCGGGUUGAUUCAAUCCUAACAUCUUUGGAUGGAAAACAUUUGUUUUGUGUGGCCCAUUCACAUGUGUAGAUGGAAGUCCGUGAAAUGACCAUUGCAUCAUUUGUAAAGAAAUCUAAUCCAAUGCUAUACCAACUUUGGAUUGGUUUGAUGUCAAUCCAAAAUAAGGAAGAUUAGGUACUUAGUUUUGAACAAAAUUUUGAUUUAAUAAAUUGCAUUUUUUAACAACACAAAGCCGAAAAUUUGUUUAUAAUUUUUUUAAUUGAAUUUUGUACAACACAAUUCAUCACUUUUGAUAUGCCUUGUGUAUCAAAAGUAAAUGUACAAGAGAAAUGCAUAAUUGUAAUCCGAAAAUACUACUUAUUGAGGCAAAAAAAACAUAAUAAUAGCUAAUGGCACAUAUUAUACGCUAGUUUACCCUAUAAUUUGUCUUGUUAUGACCCUCCCUAACAAAAAAAGACAAUAUGGAUAAGAUUUUAAAUAGGACCUAAAUACAUAUAUAUGCCUUGUACAAAGAGCAUGCAAAAUAUAGGCAACAAAGAAAGUGAUUAAAUAUCUGUUUGUUCUAUAAGUGUAAUUAUAUAUAUAUACCAAAAUGACUUGUGGAUACAACCAUAAUUAGUGGAUACCGUAAUGAGUAAGGGUUAACUGCAACAAGUCAAUCAUCAAUGACAAUGACAUCAACUUUUGGGCUAGAGAAAACUAAUGGGCAUGAUCCAACACUGUCUGAAGGUUGGGUGCUUGAUGAAGGAACAUCAUUUUGAAAAUAACUUCGAAAAAUUGGUAGCUCGAAUAGGGAUCUAGACAAUACUCUGUACC